GUGUACCACCUGGCCAGCGUGCGCCUCCGAGAUCUUUGUGCCAAACUGGACAUCUCGUCAGAUCUGAGGAGGAAGAUCUGGACGUGUUUUGAAUAUUCUCUGGUCCACUGCACCGAGCUGAUGAUGGACCGACACCUGGACCAGCUCCUCAUGUGUGCCGUCUACGUCACGGCGAAGGUGACCAAAGAGGACAGAUCCUUCCAGAACAUCAUGAAGUGUUAUCGCACGCAGCCGCAGGCCAGCAGCAACGUAAGAACCUCCGAGUCUCUGACGCACAACGUCUUUACCGUCCAAACCGCCGUUUACAUCGUUUAUAUCACUUACACCCAACCUGCUCCGCCCAGGGGCCACUCAUACAAAAUGACAGGAGGCCAGGGGCCAGGGGCCAGUCAUAUCAGCCCCUUAAGAGUUUCUAGCAAUUUAGGACAUUU